AUGGAUCUGGAUAUCCGCCGGUAUCUGACCGAGGCGAAGGAACAGAAAGAUACUGCAGCUGUGCGGGCAGCCUACCAGCUGAUCAGAGAGGCUGGGACAGGCCGGCGGUCCCGGUGCUUUGCCCCUGAAUUGUACGUCCUGUGUGCGGAGGAGGCUCUACAGCUGGGUUGUCUGGAAAUCAGCACAGCGUGUCUAAAGAUUUACUUUGAAGGAAAACCGCCGGCUAAUCAAUUCCUGUGUCGAGCUUACCUCUGCCAGGGCCAGCUGAAGUCUCCAUCAGCCACUGGGAGCGUGGAAGACUUUGAAAAUGCUGUGCUGUGUUUUCUGAAAGCAAUUGAGAUAUCAAAGGACAAACCAAGAUACCACUUUGUGGUGUUCAACGCUUCGGUGCUGUACUUCCAGACAGUGCGUCCUCUCCUGCUGCCGGGGUUGCGUCUGCACCUGGUUCCCUCCCUCAGGCAGGUGGUCCAAGGUCUGGAGGAGGUGGCGGAGCAGGACCAUAGCUGGAGGGCUGAACUCAUGAUGCACUUGGUUGAAUGCCUUGUGGACUCAGGCAAAAUGGAGGAUGCUCGCAGCUUUGCCAAAACUACAGCAGAAUUCAUUGAGAUGCACACCCCUCAUCUUUAUCCAAAAUUGUUUACUCUACUGAUACGAUACAAGCUUUCAGCGAGUGGCCUCCUUAAAAUGACUGAGCAGUCUGCUGUCUUAGCAGUUAUUUACAAAAUGCAGGAACUGAAAAACAGGAUGGAAGAAGAAAAGCAGGAUGAGCUGAAGGGGGAGAAUGUUGUGAAGCUUAAGGAGAUUUUCAAUCUCCUGGUGGAUUAUACCUCAGGACCUACUACAGACCCAGCCUCCAGCCCACAUCAGCACCCAACACCCAUCCCUCCAGCUGACAGAGUUGCCUUCUUCCUGGAGUUGGCUCUGCUGGCUUUGCAAAUGAAGCAUCAGAAAGUAGCUGCUGACUGUUUGAAGGAGAUGAAGUCAUCAGGAGAAGCUGCUGUUGGCCAAUGCAUAAUAAUGGAGAGCAUCCAGUGUGAACUUAACCUCCUGAAGAAAGAGGGGAAGAUAAAUAUCUAUUCCAAAGCCUGUGUGGAGGCCCGGUUGAUGGAGAUAAGCAAGCUGGAUCAGUGGCUCCAGAGUGCAAUGAAAGAGGGGGACCCUGAAGCCAUGCAAGCAGUUUGUGCCACCCAGUGGAACUUCUGCCUUCCCCUCCUGCAGCACAACCUCCGGAAACGCAUCAAGAUGCCACUACUCAGAGUAGCCCAAGUAUUGGAAGACACACAAAGUAUGCAGUUAGAGAUGCGCUGUCAGGUCCACUCUGAGCUGGCACUGAUUGAAGAGGAGAACGGGCACCUGGAGGCUUCACUUACACACCUUCAGAAAGCCAUAGUGCUUGAUAAGGGAACUUACAGAGAACGCCUGUCUUCAGCUCUCCACCUCCUGCAGCUCAGAGGAACCCUCUACCAAACCCCUGCCAGGGCUGAGGAUAAGGCUGCAAUGCUUAUGCAACAGGUCAAGGAUGCGCAGCCCCAAGAUAUAAUAGACAGCCGUCCCAUGCUGGUAGAAAUGGGAAUUCUCUUGGCCCCCGAUGCUUUCCAGAUGGUGCUGGAUGCAGAUAACACCUCCAAAAUUCCCGCAGGCAGUCCUGGUUCUGGGUCAGUGGCUCACCUCUCUGCUAAAGCUCAGCACUACUCUACAUGUAUACAAAGCGCUGAGGGUCACUUGGCCAGACAAGAAUGUGACACCAACAACACAGAGAGAGUGAAGUUGUGGGCUAUGCUGGCAAAGAUAGCCAGGAAACAGGAAGUGUGGGAUGUGUGCCGAGCUGCAUGUCGAUUCUGCCUGCUUUAUGACAACGGCAGAUGGAAAAUUCCCAAGACUGACAAAGGUGAAUUGUUCGGAGAAGCGAGACACCCAGACAGUCCUCACAGUUGCAGAGUAAGCCAAACUUCUACGAGGGACUUGCUGUGUCUUUUAGCUGAAAUCUGCUUCAUCAGUGCUGAGGCCACCAUCCAUAAGCUGCGAACGGAGGGAGUACAGCUCAACAGCCCUGCUGUCCCCCCAGAGGGGAAAGGGGUGUCUGUCUCUGGAGAUGAUCUACACUGGACUGUUUACAGAGACUGGAUCCAGGCUCUGUCUGCCUACGCCACCUCUAAUUUCCUGCGGGCGGCAGAGCUUGGGGCAGAGAUCAGGGAGCUGUGGGUGGUAGCGAACACAGCCGUUUACCUGUGGAACUACAACAGCCAUCUGCUGGCAGCUGGAGAGUACCAGCGCCUCCUGCCCACCUUCCAGAGGCUGGUGGAGAUGCUCAGAGAGACAGAGCACACAGUGGAUUGUGCUCUGUUUGUGCUGCUGUGUGAUGCCGUGGCCCGGGGGUUCAUCCAACCUCUGUGUGGACCAGACAGUGGCAAGGCAGCCCAGCCGGGGGACGGGGCCAAAAACAGAGCAGGGAAGGGGGUGGAGAGGAUCGGCAGCAUCCACGGAGUUCCCAUGGACUCAGCUGCCCUCCAAGAUGCCCGCAAGGCAUUAGAGCUAUGUGACUACGCUCUUCGCCUGUCAAACUCAGGGGAGAAUUUCCCUGUUGCAGCAAGGAAACAGGUAGUGGUCACAUGGGUGCAGACCAAGAGGCUCCUGCAGCAGCAGAUUGGCCCAAAGAUGGACGCUGAUGAUGAGUGUGAGAAUGAGUCAGUGUCGGCCAUGACGCGUGUGCUGGUCGGAGUGGAGAUGCUCCAGUGCAAUAGAAACCCGGGGCAGAUGGAGUUCUCAGUCCCCAGUCUCUCAGCACUGGUGCACAUGGCAUCUGACUGCAGCUGGACUGAUGCAGUGGUGGAGUUGCAGGUGUGGUGCCAGCUGGCUGCCUUUUGCCACCAUGCCAAGGACCACAGCCUGGUCUUGUCCUGCACCCAGAGCGCUCUGCAGCUGGCAAAUGCCGCAGCUCAGAGCCUCAGCACCAUGCCUUAUGUUUUGUAUGGCCCUUCAGCAGUGAAUGAAAUGCUGAGUAGUGCAGCCUGUUUGAGAGGUUUGAGCUUGGUCGCUAAGUGCAACGGUGAUCCACAGAGUUACAAAGAGGCUAUGAAAGUGCUCCUGUCCAGUUUUAGCUAUGCAGAGAAAGCUGAGAACCCACUACUGUGUAUGGCUGCUGCCAAGCACUACUGGAACACCUGCCUACCCCUAAUACGCACCCGAGUGGAAAGACUGCAGCUCCAAGAGCCCCUUGAGAAGAUCCUUAAUGCUCUGGUCCGCACCAACACCAAACACGCAAACAAACAGUACAAUGUGAAGGGAGUAUGUACACAGCCUCUUGGGAGCACUGAGCCCAAAGCAUCACAUGAAGAUGACCUGACCUUGAGAGCAGCCAUUUACAGUCUGUUGUUUUACAUUCAUACUGAUAGAGGAGACUGGAAGAGUGCUCUGCAGCUGCUUGACAAAGCUAUCAGAGACUUGCCCCGAACCACACAUAGGCUGUCACUGCUUAAACACCGUAUUUUGGUGCGAGCUCAGCUGGGGGAGAGUGUGCUGAUGGACAUGCAGAGGUUCAAAGAUGAAGGAGAGCUCUGCUGUUCACUUAUGUGGCACCAGGUGGUGCAUUGUGCUCAAGAUAUAAUUCAGCAGCUGGCCUGCUACCAGAACUCCAUCACCUGUCUGCUGAGUGCAGAAAAUCAGUGGUUGAAGGUGGACUUUCUGCUGGAGUUUGGCGAGUGGCUAUACUGCCAAAACUUUCCGAAAGCUGAUGCUGAGCACCAAGUUCAAUGGGCCAUAGACAUCCUCCUACACAUGGACACUGAGCAGGCAGAGGGAGCAGGCAAACCUAAAGUGAAGGAGGAUAAACUGAUGGAUUUUGAGAAUUUCGCUGGAGAGGGACAGUCCAACGAGAGGGGUGCAAUCCCAGUAAAAAGUGAACCUCUGGUAGGAGUCCAGGGGGGUUCAUUCAUUACAAAUCUGUCUAAGCUAAGGGAGGUGAGGCGUCUGGAGGGCCUGGUGAGAGCACACACCCUGCUCGCUGUGAUGGCAGGUAGGACUUCACCUCAGCACCAGCUCAACCUGCUCAGAAGCUACACAUUCGUCCUGCAGAUAUGGCAGGUGUCCAUGGCAACGGCGCUUGAGGUUUUCAAUGAGAUGUCGAAGAGUCAGCCAACCCAGCCGCCUCCCCCUACUGCAUCCAAAAAAGACAACAAAAACACAGACAAAGACAAGGGCAAGGGCAAAAAGUCCAAAGAGACUCCCCUUGCUGAAGAGAAACCAAAGUGCCAAUUCCAGGAUAAGGUGCUUCCAACCACCACAGAGGACUGGGUCUGCUACAUAUGUCCUGACCAGGCGAGGCAGAUAUUCAGAACCAAUAGCAGCCCCUACUGUAUCAACACACACUGCAUCACCAAACAGGCUCAGAGCCUGUUCUAUCUCAACCUAUUGGCAAAGGAACUGCACUCGCUCUCCCUGACCCACCUGACCCUGCCCAUAAUGCACCUUGCUGAGACCAUUGCUCAUGACCUUCUGGACAGGAGGAACCUCUCUAGUCUCUACCGUCUGAGAAUUGUGAGGAUCUGUUGUCAGUUGGAUAUGGGGACAAAUUCACCAUACUGGGAGAAUCUCCCGAAUUUGAAUAUCAUCCAAGAACAAGAACAAAUGGGACAGCGCAAAGCCAUAGCGGAAAAGACAAGCCCUCACAUCUCUUUCAGUCAGAGUCCUGAGGUGAAUGACAAGCCUCAGUCUGGGCAACAGAGUGCAGGUGUGUGUGCGCAGGAUAUUUGGCUGGACAAGGCUGAGGUGUGUCUCAGCAUGGGGCUUUAUCAGCCUGCAAGGCAGCUGCUGGCAGAGACCCACUUUGUGGCUACAGAACUGGGAGAUCAGAGAGCUGUGGCAAAGAGUUUGCUCAGUCUGGCAAUUCUGGCUUGUGAAGAGGAGAGCUAUGCCCAGGCCCUGGCUCUGCUUGACAAAGCCCGAACCUUUGGUGGGGAUGAGCAGUUCUGGUACCAGCUUACCCUCACCAUGGUCAAAACCACAGUAGGCCAGGCAAACCAGGAUGUUCAUACCAAGAUUAAUCAGAUUGUAAAAAAGGGCUGUGGGGCUCUGAAGCUGGUUCUGGAGCAGCAACCAAAUCGAGUCCCAGUGCUCACGUUCUUGAUCACUUCACUACAGAUGAGAGGUGCAGUGGAAUGUAUAAAUGCUAUUGGUGGCAAUGAACCUGGAGAAACACUCUGCACUCAGGAAGUACAGAGGCUGAUGGCUGCCUGUGAUACACUCAAAGAGAGUGCUAGUGGACUAAUUCAGCUGGGAUACAGAGAACAGGCAGCAGAGGCCUAUAUGGAGUGUGCAGAGGGACUGAGAGUCUUAGCCAACCAUUCUACUAAUAUAGAAGGGAAACAGCGCUCCCUGUUGGCUGCCUUCUCUCAAAUGCAGUUAGCUGUCUCAUUGCAGGAAAAUGUGGUGCUGAAUGUGCAGAGCCUUCUACCGCCACAGAAGGAGGGUCAUGGGCUGCCAAUGGAAGCCAUGCGGAGGCUGCUGCGCUUGCGGUUGGCCCUGGUAGAGCUUUCCCUGGCCAUGCUGGAGCAACUGUGUGCCACAGAGAAGAACCAAGCUCUGGUCUGGGACAGGAAAACCUCUGCUGAGAAAGCGCUAGAAGAGUUUAUGCGCUGCACGCCUGAUCACAACUCCUCAGAGCAGGAAUGGGAGCGUGUGGGCAGGACCUUGGGGCAGGUGGCUAUGGGCCAGCUGGCUGCAGUGAACUCUCACUCCCUCGACACCGUGACCAGAGCUCACUGCCUGUGCCUUAUGGGAAAGUGCCUGAGGCUACUGGCUGUGCAGAAGGACCCCCUUUAUCCCUCUACACUCUGGGAUAAUCAGGAGCAUAAUCAGGAGGCCUGCUUUGACCCUAAAGCUGUUCCCUUGGACAAAGAGGAUUUAGGGAAAGAGACCAGCAGAGAAUCAAGCAAAACAGAGACCCGCGUGCACUCUGGCAAAGGUGCUGACCUGCAGCGGAGGAGGCAUAGAGCCCAGCAGCUGUUUGCCCAAGCCAGUGAGAUGCUAGCCCAGGCCAUCACCCUGUGUCUUCAACACAAGCUGCCCUCCUCCAUCCUGGCGAGUGCCUGCCUCAACAUGGUGGAGUGUCAUGGCCGGUUUGACCCUGUGGCAACGGGUCAAUAUCUGGCCCUGUUUCAGAGCUGCUGCAGUGCUGCAAUGAUGGCAGAGGUCCUGAGUUCUGCCUGUACUGACACCAGUGCUCAGCUCUCGGCUCUGCUCAGCCUCCGCAGGAAGCUGCUCCUCUCUCAGGAGGAGAGGCCCAGCAGCAUGCUGAAGGGAGUGGAGGACUCUCUCAACAGCCUCUCUAAGGCCUACAGCCGUUUGACCAUCAGUCCCAACCAUCUAAACAUCCUUGGAGAGCUGCCAGACAACAUGAGGAUCAUUCUGCUUCAGCACAGUCAGGAUGGGUCAGAACUUUAUGGAGCCUUCUAUGAGAAGACCAAGCCUACAGCAACUCAUAAAGGGAAGGCUGUGCAAGUUCCAAGUACACUGACAUGCUGCAGGGUAGCCAAGGUUUCAGUCAGCCCGAGGGCUCUGCAGGCACUUCGGGAGCAGACUCAGGCCUUUGGUCAGGAGACCAGAGAGUCCCUCGUCAAGGAAGCCUGUCGGCAGGGCAAUGAGGGCAGACUCGAUGUCCAUCAGGAGCGCCAGGUUUUUCCCCUCAAAACCAUUGCAGAUGAAAAAGUAACAUCUCACUUCAGAGAAAUUGUGCAGUCUAUGGAAGACUAUCUGCAUCCAAUUCUCACACAGUUUGACUUUUGCUUCAGGCAUCCGGCUCCGUCAAUAUCAGUCCCAGAGAUGACCAUGCGUAGGGAAAAGGAAGAGAAAGAAGGCUCGGACAAAGGUCUAUCGGUAGGUUCAAUGAUGGAGCCAAGGGAGAAUUUGGUGUUGCUGGCAGACAGGAGGCUGCUGGAGUUACCACUGGAAGCCUUGUCCAUCCUGCAGGAAGGCCUGAUGUCGGUGUCCCGAGACUUUUCUCUCCAACUCCUCCACAGUCGCCUGCACAGAGAAACCAAAGAAGUUGAAAGUGACAACAAAAAGGAGACCAAAGGUGGUAAAGGAGCCAAGGGGAAGGGAGAUCAAAGCAAAGCCAUCAAAGUGGUACCUGUGGAUCGUGUCUUGCCUCCAAACACCCUGCCAGUAGACACACAUAACUUCAAAUAUAUCGUUGACCUUUACAAUGAAGGCUACUUUGAAGGGACCAGUCUGACAGAGAGUAUGAAGAAAACUAUGGAGACGCACAGCCAACAUUUCACUCCUCUGUGGGAGGGCUUCAUGGGCAGCCAACAAACACCCAGUCUGUCCGAGGUGGAACAGCUGCUGUGCAAAUGCAGUGGCUUCAUUUUCCUGGGGAUGGAGCGCUUCUUGGCAAACGUCCUGCCUGCCAAACUUGCAGUCCUCGACCUGUCUGAAUGCCAUAUGGCUCUGCUCUUUGACCUGGCUCAGAACAGAGUCAGUAGGAUCCGCCAGUCCAACCUUGACAUGCAGAAAAGUGCUGGACAGCUUGCCUUGGAGAAACCCCUGGAGACUGCUGUGCUUUUGAGUCUUGGUGGUGUCGGCAGUAUCGUCCUCAACCAGUGGCACAGCAGCCCUCAAAGGAACGCUCACAGUGUGGAUGCUAUUAUGAACAAUCUCCUGAGGGUCGGGCUGACCUCUGGACAGACCAUUCAUGCCCUGAGGAAAGGAGACGUUCAGGGCUCAGAGAGAAAUCAGAGGGAUACAGGAUCAUAUGAUCACAAGUUCCACUCAGACUCGAAGGGAGAUGACGUUCAUCACAAAGUGGCUCUUACACCAUCAGCCUUCAACUGUGUUCUUUAUGGACUCCCUAACUUAAUUAUCACGUGAUUUCACACUUGAUUUCCUCUUGAAAUUUAGUUGCACAGUUCAAAAUGUAAGUGGAAUAUGUGGCCAGUUUUGUAAUGCAAACAGUACGGAGUAAUGUAGGUACAGGCGGGGUUUAAUUACUGCAAAAUAAAACAUUUCAUCAAACAUCAAACAUUACUCUCGACUUUAAUGUGUUUUCAACUUUGAUGGCUUCCUCACCUCCAGUCUGUGGUCCGGGCUGUGGCAUUUUUGCAAAGUUUAGAUUAUUUUGGCAAGUGUGAAUACUCCAA